AGUCAGGUGAUACUCUGUAUACCAUAAUUAUCGUCAUACGACAAUUGCCCAGACAAAAAAAGCGCCUUUUUGGCAAAACCAUAGUUUUUCUUUGUCUCAAAAAUAUAUAACUCGAAAGUCUGUAUAAAAAAGACAUCACAUUAGAUAGCUGAACUCACAAAAGUUUCCACUCGAUAUAUGUAAUAUACAAAUUAUCAACUUCCUUUUUUUUGUAUUUUUAUUGCAGAACAUUUUAUAAUGGCUACCAAAGCGGCAUAUAAGAGAUUAAACAAGGAAUAUAUAACCCUUCAGAAAAAUCCACCCCCAUAUUUGAUGGCAAAGCCACUUGAAAGUAACAUUUUGGAAUGGCACUAUGUUAUUCGCGGACCUCCUGACACACCUUAUCACAACGGAGAGUAUCAUGGCGUGUUGUUAUUCCCCGCUGAAUAUCCCUUUAAGCCUCCCUCAAUUCGUAUGACAACACCUUCUGGUCGAUUUCAGCCAGACACUAGGUUAUGUUUAUCUAUGUCAGAUUUUCAUCCAAGUACUUGGAAUCCUAGCUGGAGUGUUGCUACUAUAUUGACUGGGUUGUUAAGUUUUAUGACUAGUAAUGAAGCUACUACAGGGAGUAUCAAGACGACGGAUGCUGACAAAAGAAUAUAUGCUUCACGAUCACAUCAAUUCAAUUUGAACGAUUCAAAAUUUAAAGAAAUUUUUCCCGAACUUUGUGUCCCAGAAUGUGUACCUGUUGAAGUUCUUUACCCAAUUAAUAAGUCAUCGUCGUCAUCAAGCGAUGACACCACAACUGUUUGUAAUGAUGCCUUACAAACCGAUAAACAUGCCCUUCAGACAGUAAGACGAAAUGAGGCAAAUCAACAAGGACCCUUAGUGGAUGGUAUAAAUCAAAUUCAACAACGCAGACCCAAUAACCGUAGUGAAAACCCUCUGCGGGGUAUUGUUGCAGGUGGAAAUCUUGCUGAAAAUGCUAAUAGAGCAAAUGGCAGUAAUAAUAAUCCGCAAAGUAAUACUAAUAAUAACAACAAUGUUGCGGGUCAACGAGGAAUUUUCGAUCAAUGGCGUAAAUGGAUAAUAGUAUCUUUGGUAUGUCUUUACCUUGUCAUAACAAAAUUGUUAGCUCGAAGUACAGUUUCGGGCAGCCCUGGAGGAGAACCUAGUAUGUGAUAGAGAAAUCUCAGUUCAACUUGGUGAUUUGCUAUCUGAUUUAAAAGGUAAUUUUGGUGAAAAUUAAUAGGUAAAAAAGUGAAAAAAAGAGGAAAAUUUAUAGUUGCGAUACAUUUGUAAUUGUUUUCAUUUCGUAUUAUUAAAUAACAGAAGAAAGCGACAGUUUUCUUUCCUUUUGUCAUAAUUGACGACAAAUGAUUAAAUCGACUAUAUUUUUACAACAUUUUAGGGGGGCGGGAUCAAAGAAUAUAAUAUACUUUUUAGCAAAAAGGUUAUCUAUCAUUAUGUAAAAAGAAAAAUAUUAUUUGUAUUUUCAUCUUAUUUUAUUUUGGCGUUACAUUAAGAAAACUAGAUAUAAUUUUACGUGUAUAAUCAUUUGACAUAAUAGACGUCAUUGUACGAAAAGUUGGCCUUUUAUUCUACAAUGAUUUUGUUUAUUCUACUUAAAAAAUUUUUGUUGAUCAACUUAAUGG